ACUAAAGAGUUGCACUCAAACACCAGCCAUGGUUUACUCUCUGUGUCUGUCUGCCGCCCUCUCCUCUGUUUCUUCCCCUAAACCCCUAACUUCCCAGACUCCCUCUCCCUCCCAAAACCCUCCUCUUUACAUCAAAUUCCGAACAUCCCACCGCGUGAACCUCCGGUACCUCAGGACGCUCGGGCUAAUCGACCCAAAAGCCAAGCUCCACACUUUACCCUCACCGGAAGCUGUAGACCAAUUGAUCGCCAGAGUCGAUUUCUUCCAGUCGAAGGGCUUCUCAGAUUCGGACUUCCCCCGAAUCGCCUUCCUCUGUCCGCAGCUCUUCUCCCCCGACUUCGACCCGGCAGAAACCGAACCCGUCUUCGAGUUCUUGGCCAACGACGUAGUGGCAUCGGCUCAAGAAUCGUGCGGGUUGAUCACGAGACACCCGCAAAUCCUCCUCUCCAAUGUGGAAUACCGCCUUAAGCCUGCCCUCGAUUAUCUGAGGCAGCUGGGCGUCGAGAAACUGAACGUUCCGACCACCUUGAAUGCGCAUUUGCUGAACACACAGGUCGAGAAGCUCCGCGCGAAGAUCAGGUUCCUCAGGAGCAUCGGGCUGAAGUACGAAGAAUCUGCGACGGUCUGCGCGAGGCUGCCGGCGAUAUUCGGGUACAGCAUAGAGGAGAACCUGAGGCCCAAGUACGAGUACCUGGUGGAGGAGAUGGAGAGGAGCGUGGAGGAGCUGAAGGGGUUCCCGCAGUAUUUCGGGUUCAGCUUGAGGAAGCGGAUCGCGCCGAGGCAUCUUCACCUGAAGCAGCGGAACGUCCGCGUCCCUCUGAAUCGGAUGUUGAUGUGGAGCGAUGAGAGGUUCUAUGCAAAGUGGAAGUGAACUUCGCAAUUCUUCGAACGUAUAUAGUAUCCAUUGAAGGCUGCAGUUCACCCAAAAUGUACAAACUUUCAAUUAUUAUAAUUAUAAUAAUUAUUAUUAUCAUCAUCAUCAUCA